AUGAGCAACAUUUCAAACUCAUCAUGCAACAACACGCUCUCCGAUGGCAAACCAACGACAAGCAUCUUCAUGUUUUUGGCCGGAGUCGGGGGAAACCUGCUCGCCCUCUUCAUCCUCGGAGUGCACCAGAAGAGGCACCACUCCAGGUCGUCUGUCUUCUGCAUCCUGGUGACCGGCCUGGCCCUCACUGACCUGCUGGGCACCUGCCUUCUCAGCCCACCUGUGUUCGUUUGCUACGCCCACAACAUGACUCUAAAAACUCUCGGUGGUAGUAGACUGUGCAACCUUUUCGGCUUCGCAGUGAGCUUCUUCGGCCUGGCGCCCACGCUCAUCCUGUGCGCUAUUGCCCUGGAACGCUGUUUGGCCAUCAGCCACCCUUAUUUUUACUCCGUGCACAUCCGCCGCAGCUUUGCCAAAUUCACUCUUGUCUUUAUUUACCUCUUCUCCUUGGCCUUCUGUCUUUUGCCGUACAGCGGCUAUGGAAAGUUCAGACAAUACAACCCCGGGACUUGGUGCUUUAUUGACAUGGACGCAACGGGGGAUGACCACGCCAGCUUAGUGCUGGCCUUCUCUCUGUCCUACUCCUCUCUCAUGGCAUUGCUGAUUUUCAUUGUCUUUGUCUGCAAUGGGUCAGUGAUCGUCAGCCUGUGCCAGAUGCACCGGAGCCAGAUGGUCCGACGUGGCUCGGUGGUGUCGAUGGGAAGGAAGAAGAAGCUGAGCCUGGCCUGGUUCGGACAGGGGGAAGAGGAAAUGGACUACUUGGUGUGGCUGGCGCUAAUGACUGUCAUCUUUGUGGUGUGCUCCCUGCCCUUGAUCGUGAGUUCAUAUUUUCCUUAA